CAAUUAGCUCAGUUCCGCUUCCGCUACAGUCAGAUUUUGUCCGCUCUGCAGGAAUGCACUCAGUGAUGACUGUACGCAGACGGAGGUAACAGUUGCACCCUCUCAACGACAUGGCAGGUGUUAGUAGCUCUCGAGCUUAGCGUUAGCUAGACGCUGCAUAGUGGAAUUGCAAGACAGCCUUCCAUCUACAGGGACAGUCUUUUCUGGGCGAGGUUGGACUGCUGCACGUCUGAACGGAUAGCAUCAGAUUUUCAUCCCUAAUCGUCAAUCAGACGCGUCUCUACCGAGACUCCUGUCCUUAUGGCCCAAAACACGCUAUCGUCCCGGUUCAGGCGAGUCGAUAUAGACGAAUACGACGAGAAUAAAUUUGUGGACGAUCAAGAGGAGUCGGCCGAACAGCAAGGACCCGAUGCCGCCGAAGUGGAUAACCUCAUCAGGCAAGGGGACAUGCUGGCAGCCCUUACCCUGGUGCUCAAGAACCCGCCAAUCAACUCGAAGAAUGCAGCAGUCAAGGAGAGGGCCCAGGCUGUAGUGUUGAAAGUGCUCACCUCUUUCAAGAGCAGUGAGAUCGAGGCAGCUGUGAAGUCUCUGGACAGAAAUGGCGUUGACCUGCUGAUGAAGUACAUCUACAGGGGCUUUGAGAAGCCCUCAGACAACAGCAGUGCUGUCCUACUGCAGUGGCACGAGAAGGCAUUUGCUGCAGGAGGUGUGGGCUGCAUCAUGCGUGUUCUUAGUGCAAGGAAAACAGUCUGAGCACGCAGCGCCCCCGUGCAGCAGGGGGUCUACAGGAUCCUCUGUAGUGACUGCAUCUGUAUGGAGAUCUACCUGCGGGGCCCACCACACGUCUUCUGUCUCCCAGGCAACCGCUCAGCUCCAGAGCUCCGUGAUGUAGAUCAUACAUCACUCAAGACUCUCUGGAGUCAUGAACAGAACACUGUUAUAUAUCUAUAUUUUUUUUAAUUAAAAAUAUAAAAGGGGUGGGAGAGACAAAGAUGGGAGGGUGUGGGGUAUGGACGGGGUGUGUUGGGGGAGGGGUGGGAAGGGCAACGUCUGUGGCUGUUGUAUUUAAUGUGAACAGUUGAUUACCUCUUUUGAGUUAUUUGACCAAACUGUGGGUGCGUUCCCAGCCUUUUCCGUUCAUGGUGGUGAGUAGGGAUAAAACCAAAAAAAAAUAAAAAAGAGACCGGCUGACUGACAGAGAGCUGGAAAGAGAACACCCAGCUCAGGGACCUCCUUGAAUGUGCCACUGCUUCCUCAGCUACCACAAGGAGGCGCUGCAACCCACCCGACUGGAUGUACUCUACGCGAAGAUGCCUCUGAUGCAGGGAACGCUGUUCAGUGCUCCCAUUUCACCCUCCGACCAGGAUCUCAGUGGAGAGAGAGAAAUGUGGCUUAAAUACUAGAUCAGUAGUUUCUGAGGUGGUGGAUGUUUUUUUCCAUGUAAUGUUGAGUUGGAUUUGAAUGGGGUUAUACUAGGCACAGGGGGAAGAUAUUGUGAAGUGCCUGGUGCAAUAAAUCUCAUGGAUACUGUCA